UCUAUCCUCACCCAUCUCUUUCAGCUAGUCUCUCUACUAAUCUCACUAAAUCUACACUUGUCGAUCUCAGGCUCGCCCUUGCUUGCUUCUCCAUCUUGUUCAAGUACUGCUGCUACGUGAUUCCCAUAUUUGAACACUGAACCGCAACUUCAAAUUUACCCCAAACUCAGCAGGACAGUAGGUUCAAUUGGAAAUGAGCACAGAGAGCUCUUCACCUCCUCGGUGGAAAUAUGAUGUCUUUUUGAGUUUUAGAGGCGAGGAUACUCGAAAAGGUUUUACAGACCAUCUAUACACUGCAUUGGAUGAUAAAGGAAUCACAACUUUCAGGGAUGAUCCUGAACUUCACAAAGGGGAAGCUAUUUCUCCAGCGCUUUUUGCUGCAAUUGAAGAAUCAAGAUUUGCCGUCAUUGUUCUCUCACAAAAUUAUGCAUCGUCAACAUGGUGCUUGGAUGAACUUGUAAACAUUCUUGAAUGCAUGGAAGCAAAAGGAAUUGUGCUGCCAAUUUUCUAUGAUGUUGAUCCCUCUGUUGUACGAAGGCAAACAGGGAGUUUUAGAGAAGCCUUUGCUAAGCAUGAAGAAAGGUUUAACGAUGACAAGGAGAAAGUGCAGAGGUGGAGAUCUGCAUUAAAUGAAGUGGCAAGUUUCUCAGGGUGGAAUUCAAAGGAAUGGUAUGCAUAUACUCUUUUCUUUUUGUCUCUUUCCAUUUCCUUAAUUUACAAGUAUGAAUCAAAGCUCAUAAGAGAUAUUGUUGAAGUUGUAUGGAAAAGAUUGCAACGUACAGCAUUCAGUUAUGAAGAAAAUCUAGUUGGAAUUUACUCAAGAUUGCAGCCAGUCCACUUCUUUUUAGAUGAAGGGGUGGAUGACGUCCGCUUCAUUGGUAUAUGGGGAAUGGGCGGGAUUGGUAAGACAACUAUGGUAAGAGCGGUGUAUGCGAGAAUCUCUUGUGAAUUUGAAUUUAGUUUCCUUCUUACCAAUGUUAGAAAGUCCGUUGAAGAAAGUGGUCUACUUAAGUUACAAAAGCAACUUCUCUCUGGGAUUUGGACAAAGAAGGCCAACUUAUCAGACCCUCAUGAAGGAGCCACCUUUAUAAGGAGGUUGUUAGGUGACAAAAAAGUUCUUCUCGUUCUUGAUGAUGUGAACCAUCCAAGCCAUUUAAAAUUUUUGGCAGGAAACCAAGAAUGGUUUGGUUCAGGGAGUAGAGUUCUUAUCACAACUAGAAAUGAGCAUUUGUUGAUUCAACAUGGAGUGGAGAGAAGAUUGAAGGUUGAGGAAUUUAAUGAUGAGGAUUCUCUUCAGCUUUUCAGCUGGAAAGCAUUCAAAAGAGGUUACCCUGAAGAAGAUUUUCUUGAGUUGUCUAAAUGUGUCAUAAAUUAUGCCAGAGGUCUCCCUUUAGCUCUUGAAGUACUGGGCUCUUUUUUGUAUGGAAGAGAUCUAAGUGAAUGGAACAGUGCAUUGACAAAACUAGGAAGAGUUUUUAACUUGGAAAUUUUUGACAUACUUAAAAUAAGUUACAAUGAUCUAGAUUCCGAAGAGAAGAAAAUAUUCCUAGACAUUGCAUGUUUCUUUAAUGGACAGGACAAAGAUCGAGUAACAGAAGUAUUAAACAGUUGUGAUGUUUCUGCAAUUAUUGGAAUAGAAGUCCUGAUGGAAAGAUCUCUCUUGACUGUUUUGCAUGGAAGACUAUGGAUGCACGAUUUGCUCCAAGAAAUGGCUCGGGAAAUUGUCCACCGGGAAUCUACUAAUGAGCCAGGCAGGCGCAGUAGGUUAUGGGUACCUGAAGACGUCAAACAUGUCUUGACCAAAAAUACUGGAACAGAAGCAAUAGAAGGCAUUGUUCUGGACUCCACUGAGCUUGGAGUAAAGGUGAGGGUGAAUGCUAAAUCCUUUUCGAUGAUGAACAGAUUGAGAUACCUUGUCAUUAAGAAUGGGAGCCUACCGAAUGGGCUUGAAUGUCUUCCUAAUAGUUUGCGGAUUCUUAACUGGACCGAGUAUCCCUCGAAAUCUCUCCCAUGUGACUUCAACCCUGAGAAGCUACUAGAACUUAACAUGUGCCAUAGUUGCAUUGAACAUUUUCCGUCGGAAAUAGAGCCUUUAUACAAUUUGAAAAUCGUUAAACUCAGCAACUGUCUGAAUCUUGUCAACACCCCAAACUUUAAAGGUAUGCCACAUCUUGAGCUUCUGUUUCUAGAAGGUUGUACAAGACUGUAUGAGGUUGACCGAGGAAUUGAAAUGCUUGAAAAACUUACAAUGCUGAACUUGAAAGAUUGCAAGAAUCUCUUGCAUUUUGCAAGCAGUGUACGUGGCUUAAAAUCUCUCAAAGUUCUUAAUCUUUCUGGCUGCUCAAAGCUUAAAAAACUACCGAAUGACAUGGGUCAUUUAGAAAGUUUAGAGGAGCUUCAUGUGAAUGGGACCGGCAUAAGAGAACUACCUUCCUCUAUUGGAAUGCUUGAAAGACUUCCUCUACUGAAAAUGGAAGAUUGCAAAGAUUUGGUGUGUCUUCCAAGCAGUGUAGGUGGCUUAAAAUCUGUCAAAGUCGUUAAUAUUUCUGGUUGCUCAAAGCUUGAAAAAUUGCCAGAGGAGUUGGGCGAUAUACAGUGCUUGGUAGAGGUUGAUGUGAGUGGAACUUCUAUAAAAGAACUGCCUUGCUCUAUUGGAAUGCUUGAAGGACUUGUUUCUAUGUCCUUGAGAGAUUGCAAAUAUCUUGUGCGUCUUCCAAGCGGUGUAGGUGGCUUAAAAUCUCUCAAAUAUCUCAAGCUUUCUGGUUGCUCAAAGCUUGACAAAUUACCGGAUGAGUUGGGUCGUGUUGCCUGUUUGGAGAAUCUAGAUGUGAGUGGAAGUGGCAUAAGAGAACUGCCCUCCUCUAUUGGAAUGCUUGAAGGACUUGUUUCUAUGUCGUUGAGAGAUUGCAAACAUCUUGAGUGUCUUCCAAGCAGUGUAGGUGGCUUAAAAUCUCUCAAAGAUCUCAAUCUUUCUGGUUGCUCAAAGCUUGACAAAUUGCCGGAUGAGUUGGGUCAUGUUGCCUGUUUAAGGAAGCUUGAUGUGAGUGGAAGUGGCAUAAGAGAACUGCCCUCCUCUAUUGGUCUUUUGAAAAACCUCAAAGAAUUCUCUCUUGCUGGGUGUAAAGCACGGUCACCUAAAUCAUGGAAUAUGAUCCCCUUUCAGUUAUUGCAAAAAAGAAGUCACAUUCCUGCAAGAUUGUUGUUGCCUUGUUUGUCGGGUUUGCAUUCAUUAACUCAAUUGAAUUUAAGUGACUGCAAUCUUUCUGAAGAAGCAAUGCCCAGUGAUUUUGGAUGCUUGUCUUCAUUAAUAGAUUUAAAUCUCAAUAGAAAUCAAUUCAGUAGACUACCCGAGAGCAUCGGCCAACUCUCUAGACUUGACUGUCUUCACUUGGCAUGGUGCCACAAGCUUCGGAGAUUACCAGAGCUUCCAUCUCGUGUAUGUGUAGACGCUGACAACUGCAUUUCAUUAGAUACGUUGGACAAUCAAAUAGGACAAAGCAAUUCGUUGGGACGAGGAUAUUUUGUUAACUGUUUCAAACUGGUGGAGAAUCAAAGCUGUGAGAGUAUAACACUUUCAUUACUAACACAAUGCCUUAAGAGUCAAGCAUUUUCUGACCAUGAAACAGGAUUUGGCUUUGUUGUUCCUGGAAAUGAAAUUCCAGAGUGGUACAAUCACCGAAGUGUGGGGUCUUCAAUUACUGUAGAGCUGUAUCCAGGUUGGUUUAGUAACAAGUGGAUGGGAUUCGCCUGCUGUGUCGUUUUUAGACUCCUCAAACCGCUCCCGCCUUUGGUUAUGUGGCGCAUUAAAUGCGAACUGAGUGCCAAUGGAAAAUCCUCAACUCACACGAGUGAAGUGUUUGGGGGAGAGUGGGGUCAACCUGUGUUGGAUCACAUUUGGUUCUUCUGUGGGGCGCGUAAUAUGUUCCCUCAACAUGAGUGGCAGGAUAUCUACUGUCAGCUUGUAUUCUCAUUUCAACCUCACUCUUUGGAUGAUGACCGACUAAUGGAUGAGGAAAUUGUGCGAGUGAAGAAGUGUGGGGUCCGUAUGAUAUAUGAGGAAGAUGCAGAGGAGCUUUCGGAAACAUUAUUUAAGCAGAGCAAUAUUGGCAUUAAUACCAAGCAAUGCCUUCAACACAGUGAUGAUGAUGAAGCAUCUAGUAGUGCAAGUUAGGCUCUUCCAAAAAGAAUUGAGCAACUCCCCCUUGACAGCGCAGGACCCAGUGGAACCCCCUUAUAUUCAUGACCAGAAACAUGGUUACUGCAUUUUUUUUUUUUGUGAAAAAGAAGGCAAAACCUAUUGUAAAAUUAUGGUUUAUGC